AUGUAUUCCCGGACCCCUUUAUUUGACUGGAACGAGGCCCGUCGGGCCAAAGAAGCCAUUGAUCAUGCCAUGGCGCAAAAAGGAGGCGACUUGUCAGUUGGAUAUUUGAGAUUUGUUCCAAACCAGCAUCACUGGAUGAUACAAAAGCUGGGCCGUAAAAGGAUGGCCGCCUUCGAGUUAUCCAAUAUCGGAGUGGGCUCUUCCUCGUCCGAAAACUCGUGCUUUGGGAUCGAGGGCAUGUUAUUUAGCCAAAGCGCGAGUGCUUGUAGUGCUGCAAUCAAGAUCAGUGCGGUGACAGGACGAGAUGGAAAGCUGGCACUUGGUUUCACCUGGCAAGAAGGCGUUGUGGAUGGUGGAAUGAUUAAGCAGCUUCAGCGGGCUUUCAGAGCCCAUGUGGAGGAAUUAGCGGCGUCUAAGUAG